AUGCUCUUACAUUUAUUUGUUGCUACACCACAAAUUAAUCUUUAUUAUACAGAUUAUGUAACGGAAAAUGAAAGUGAAAGUAAUAAUGUAUUAAAAUACAAUUGUUUACGUCUUGCUACUUCGAUUGAUAAAGCAAGUGUUAAUCGUGAAAUUAUAUCUUAUUGUACAAAUGAAUUAGCAUCGAAAUUUCAUAUUGAGAACAAUGAUGUAUUUCCAAAAUUUACUUUUGUUGAACUUUCCAAACGAAAUAUCACUAGUCAACAAUUAUGCAUUUGGCCAGCACCGAUCGAUAUUGUUGAACGCUAUCAAUUCUAUUUAAAUCAAAUAUCAACAUUAAAUGAUAAAGCUGUGGAAACACAAGUUUUCUAUAACUGUACAUUACCAAGAUUUGUUUCUAUGUGUCAAUAUGAAAUUAUUUCUUAUAAUCAAAAUUAUUUAUCUUUAUAUGAAAUAAUUCAUGAUUAUUAUCGUACAUAUGAAUAUAAGUCUACUAAUUUCACUUGUUAUACUCAUCUACAAUGUAAUCGUGGCCCUUCUCCAGCAUGUUUAGAUUGGAGUGAAAUUUGUGAUGGACAGAUAGAUUGUCUCGAUGGCGACUUUGAUGAAGAACAUUGUUGGCAACUUGAAAUGAAUGAAUGUAAUGAUAAUGAAUAUCGAUGUACUAAUGGACAAUGUAUACUACAGUCGUUUUUUCGAGAUGAUAUUAACACUCCUGAUUGUUUUGAUAACUCUGACGAAGUUCCAAAAUCUGUUGCAGAACUUAAGAAAUGUAAUUCAGCUAUACCAUCGUUUGAAUGUCAAGAAAAGACAUGUAGGAAUACAUUCCUGACAAAAUCUUGUGAAGAAGAACGAAAAAAUCUACUAUUAAAGACAAUCUAUUCCACCAAAGACAAUGCUAUAUCAGAACAAUGUUGGUCAGCUUUCAAAUGCCUCUUAGAAGUACCAGGUUCAGAAAAGCUAUUUUGUAGUAAGAUAUGUGAAAAACUAGUUUGUGUAGAAAUCAUUAAUAGAACAUGUCCAGAUAUGUUUUACAUGCCGAACGUUCCAUUUUUUUUGAUCAAAUUUAUCUUGUACAUGCAAAAAAAUGAUUCAUUAUUUUUGGUAAGUAGAAGUAUUCCAACGUUUUAUAUAUGCUAUAAUAAUUCUCAUUAUGAUGCAUUGUCAAUUAAUCAUCCAAAGUUGUUGUUCAAUAAUAAAACGUGUUUUCGUCCUCAAGGACUACCAUCUGUCUAG